UCACACAGUUGUUCCUUUAAGGCCACUAGGGGGUGUCUAACAAUUUCACGGAUUUUUCCUUCUCAUAAUUGGUAACCACGCCUUAACAUUAGUAACUGUGAGUCUGAUAGAAGUGAUGCGAAUUGAAGAAUAAAACGUUGCGUAGAAGCGAAGACCGAAGCAAGCCCCUGCUGUACUACAGCUCCCGACACCACCAGGCCUCGGAUAUCCGCAAGCCAUGGCCGCUCUCCGCAGUAUCAUCAUGUACUGCGUCACAGUGCGGCCGCUCAGCAGGAAAAUGUGGCGCCCGAGUCUGUCGCCUCUUCACAAACGCGCGCCUGCCACGCAAGUCAUGCCGGCAACUACAGUCACCACGUCACCAGCCAAGCGAUCGAAAGAUGAGCUGAUGUAUCCCUCGGGUCCUGUGCUGAACUUUGCAAAACUGACCGAAAAUGCCUACACGCCCACCAGAGGGUCAGCGCGGGCAGCGGGAUACGACCUAUACAGUGCGUACGAUUAUGUUAUUCCUGCUCUCGAAAAACUGGUGGUAAAAACAGACAUCCAGAUUCGUGUACCUACAGGGUGCUAUGGACGAGUUGCUCCACGUUCCGGAUUAGCUGCCAAGUAUUUCAUUGAUGUUGGAGCUGGCGUAAUUGAUGAGGACUACAGAGGCAAUGUUGGUGUUGUGUUAUUUAAUUUCGGAAAGGAUGCUUUUGAAGUGAAAAAAGGUGAUAGAGUGGCACAGUUGAUAUGUGAGAGAAUACUAUACCCUGAACUUGAAGAGGUCAAAGCUUUAGAUGAUACAGAACGUGGUGCUGGUGGAUUUGGAUCUACUGGUCAGAAUUAAAUCGUCAAGUCAUUUAUGUGCACUUUUUUUUCUCUUCUGGAUUGUACAGUGUUUAGCUUCCAUUUAAGGUACUAUUUAAUGGAACUGUAAUGGAGAUCACCUACUUUCUCUAUGCAGUCAGUGUUUAGUGCAGGUUUUAAUUAUGGAAUGAAUUUUUGAAAUCCAUUAAUUCUUUUUUACGACUUUGUAAAUGUUACUGUAAAAUAUCCUUUUUUGCCAGAAAAAAAAGUAAUAAAACACCCGAGAACUCAGUAAAAA